AUGUCUGAUGUUAUCAAUGCAAAUCCAACAAUUUUGGACGACAAAUCAUUACCAACUAGAGCUGAAGAGACCGAAAAAGUUACUGAACGCAGCUUGAAUCCACACCUUGCCAGUUUGCUAGACUUAUCUCUAGUGGAUAGCUCAAAUUUGAAUGAUCAAGAAAGUAUACACAGCACCCCUAGUUUAGAAAACGAUGAAGGUAGUGAUGAAGAGGAAGAGGCAGAUCCUAUAGAUUCACAAGAAAUUUUUGAUUUGGUUGCACAUAUAUCUGAUCCAGAACAUCCUUUAACAUUAGGUCAACUUGCAGUGGUAAACUUACCUGAUAUACAAGUUAGAGAUUCAGGAAACAAAAAUGAAAUGGCCGAGGUCAUAAUAAGGAUAACCCCAACUAUUACACAUUGUUCCUUGGCUACAUUGAUUGGAUUAGGUAUCAGAGUUAGAUUGGAAAGAUGUUUGCCUGUAAGAUAUAGAAUCACCAUUCUGUUGAAAGAAGGAAGUCAUCAAAGUGAAAAUCAAGUCAAUAAACAGCUAAAUGACAAGGAGAGAGUUGCAGCUGCCUGUGAGAACGAUCAACUAUUGUCUGUAAUCUCAAAGAUGCUUGCAACAUGUAAAUGA